CGAUCGGUGAUCACCUGUCAGCUAGCGAUGCAUAUUCACUAGAGGCGCAUUGCACUCAAUCGGGAGGUCAACGCAAGCGUGCGAUACACAGAGAACUAUCGAUUACUUUGUGCAACCGAAAUGAGCCGCCAGGCAACCGCCGUGGGAGAAGGGUGCACGCGCGGACAAUCUUGAGGGAGGCCAUAAUUGACGGUAGUCGGUAGUUUAUUAACAGCGUCACUCGAUCUUCUGACAAUCCACAGAGGGGUUUUCACACUCAUUUCCUGGCACUGUUCUGAAGAGUAUCGCUGAAACCUGACUGGCCUCAUGGAGUCACAGUUACGAAGUCUGUUCCACGACCCGGAGUACUACGUGAAGUCCUUUCACCGUUACUCGGCUCUCUGCGCGAAAUUCAGCGUGUAUGCCAACUGGGUAGACACUGUCUUCGGUGACGAGGUUGUUGCGAAAAUCAAGGCCACUCUAGGCGAGCAAGAAGAGUUGCGAGUCCUGGGGAUUGGGAGUGGAUCAGGCGAGAUGGACUUGAAGAUGCUGACCAAACUCUUGCCGCGAUUCCCUCUCAUCAACAACCGUGUAGUCGAGCCUUCGCAGGACCAGCUUCUCAAGUACAAAGCUCUGGCUCAAACUAGGGCUCAGGAGCUACAAGGCGUGGUAAAUUUUGACUGGCGGCAGCAGACCAUCGAUCAGUACGAACAGACGGGAGAUUCGAGAAAGUAUCACUUCAUAAGUUCGGUUCACUCCAUCUACUACGCGAAAGAUAUCGAUAGUUCCUUGAUGACUCUGUACAACUCUUUGGAAUCUGGAGGAGUAAUGAUGGUUGUUACUAUCUCAGACGAAAGUGGGUUUUGGCGUCUGUGGAAUCGCUUCCCACAUUUCCAAGACAACCUCAUGACCUUCAUCAGUACGGCUCACGUGCGCAGUUCCUUCGACCGCCGGGGCAUUCCGUACACACAGCACCACCAGCGCUCGCGCGUCGAGAUCACCCAGUGCUUCGACGAAACGUCCGAGGAGGGCGCCCUGGUUGUGGAUUUCCUGACCCACGUCUUGAAAUUCAAGGAGACAGCGCCAGCGGAGCUCUACAAGGAGACCAUGGAGUAUCUUGGCAGCAGCAGUUGCUCUGAGAAGAGUGGAGAUGAUGUGUUCUUUAACAACGACUGGGAUGCCGUUGUCGUGAGCAAGCCAGUGGACUAAACGUCCACAAGUUGGACGACGUUUUCGGCAGUAUUGUUAUACUUGCAUCAUGAAAUACAACAUGUCUUUAAACUGAAAUCAACACCUGUUUAAGUUUCGAGAAACGAUAAGUCAGUAAAUUUAUGAGGUUUUUAAACUACAACGUAUGUAAUACAAAACUGCUGCAAACUGCUUGCUGACUACAGUGACUUAAAAUACAAAUCACAAAAUACAGAGGGCCUCAUUUUGCUAGGAUAAAAACGUCAGGCCCUCCAUAUUUUUUUUGUAAACUACAUGUACUUUGCAAACGUAGUUUUCCAAUAGUUUAUGGCUUUUGACAGGUAAUUGUGAAUAAGGGCGAUUCAGACUAUAUUACGCCUCCAAGAGUAAGCAACGCGUUGACCAAUCACAGGGCGCAAAAUCUGUCUACCUAAUGCGCGUUUGGAAAGGGUCGACAGAUUUCGCACACUGUCGGUGAACGCCUUGCAAACUUUCGGAGACUCACUAUUGUGAAUCCACCGUAUUGAUCUUUAUCCAAAUUGUAAAAAUGGACAGUAUCAAAAGGGACAUUAUACAGUUUUAGCAUUAAAUAGAUUGUUAAAAGUCAAUGAUAACUUGGAAUUUUUGGAGAUAUGCAUCAAUUUUUUUUCUGCGAACGAAACGAUGGCGUUUUAAUAACGGGUUAAAUGUGUACUUUUUGCAUGAACGCUGGACGCUGAAAACGGCGAGGGAUAUUAUCAGAGCUUCCCUGCCUUAAAAAAAAUCCCUCAAGCCAUGUCACUGUAUGCAUGUGCCCUGACGAAUGGUCGUAAACAAUCUCCUUAUUAUGGGAUUGGCGUGCCAUGCGCUGCGGUGGUACAAGUGAAUUGCUUUUUUCUUUAUAUCGAAAUAGCUACACCGUAUUAGGCAUUUAUGAAUUAUGAUCACAAUGUGAUUUCAUUACAGAGUCAUGAUCCAGAUAUGGCUCACAAAAUGGUCAAAACAUGGUUGAGGAAAUGAAGACCAACUGGAUAUGCACAACCAGAGAUAAAAUUAUGGCUUGCUAAGAUUUCUUGUUGUCAGCGAAAGGUGAUUUCCAAACCAGCUUGUAUUCAUAUGAAACUACCCCCGUUUUGCCUGGCUAAAUUAUGCGCUAAAAUCAGUCAUUGAUUUUGAUUAAUAUAUUCAACAGGACGAAAUUUAUAUUAACGUGACAUUCAAAUGAACAAUUUUUCACUGUUAAGCUCGAUUUUUUGCUGUUUUAUUUGAAGGAAUAUUUCUUUAGGCCUAUGUCCAACUUUUACAAUCACUUUGUGAUUCACUUUGUGUGAACGUCUGUAUAAUUUUUGGAUCUUAAUAAAAUUGAACGUAAUGACA